AUGUCGACCCCGGACGCGGGCGACGCGGGCGACGCGGGCGACGCGCACGGGCGAGGGGCGCGCCGGAGGAUUCCGCGGUCGCGCGCGCGAGGGGGGGGUGGGACGACGACGCCGAGCUCCGGGCGCGCGGACGCGGGCGUGAUGACGCGCGCGCGACGGACGUUGACGUCGAUCGCGUCGAUCGAUGCGAGCGCUGGGGGUGGGGUCGAUGUGGGUCGGGCGAAGCGACGGAAGAUUGCGUCGGCGCGCGCGAGCCGCGGAGACGACGCGGCGGAGGCGACGAAGGCGUCGUCGACGAGUAAGAGCGCGCGUUCGUCGAGUGGACGAUCGGGAGGAGGGAGACGGAAUGCUGGAUCGACGUCGAGCGAUGGGAGCGGGGAGUCGGCGAGCGAUUCGGUGGUGCAGGUGUUGUUCGAGGACGUACGGAGGGCGGAGAUAAGGCGCGCGGCGAGCGGCGCGUCUCCGACGACGAAUGGGUCGGACGCGAUGACGACGACGACGUACGGCGAUACGCCGCCGGUGACGAUGGGUGAGAUUGAUCGCUUGAGGGAGAGGAAGCUCACUCGGUUUUGCAUCGAGAGCGAGCGAGAGACGCAGGCGAAGACGAGACGGGCGAGGGCGAAGAUCACGGCGAACGCCGAUGGGCACCUGAGAUUUAACCUCGGGGAUUGUCUCACGAACGAGUACAGGAUCGUCGGGUCGCUGGGCGAGGGGACUUUUGGGAGGGUUGUGGAGUGCUGGGACACCGUGACGGAGACGCGAUGCGCGGUCAAGGUGAUUCGAAACGUGCAAAAGUAUCGGGACGCGGCGAUGGUGGAGAUUGAGGUGCUCAAGACGCUCGCCGAGGGGGACUUCAAUCACACCCGUGGCGAACGGUACAACUGCAUAUCGCUUCGACGAGCAUUCGACUAUCAAGGUCACGUGUGCAUGGUGUUCGAUAAGUGUGGACCGAGUCUGUACGACUUUUUGCGAACGAAUCGGUACAAGCCGUUCCAUCCGUCCACGGUGCAAACCUUUUGCGAGCAGCUCCUCGUGGCGGUGCGAUACGUGCACUCGCUCGGUCUGGUUCACACCGAUCUGAAACCGGAAAACGUCUUGCUCAUGUCGAAUUCGUACCGCGAGAACGCGACGCAUCGCGUUCCGGUCGAUCACACCAUCCGACUCAUCGAUUUUGGGAGCACGACGUUCAUCGAUCGCCACCACAGCGCCGUCGUCUCCACUCGACACUAUCGUGCGCCCGAGAUCAUUCUCGGACUCGGAUGGUCGUAUCCGUGCGAUAUGUGGUCCAUAGGGUGCAUGAUGAUCGAGCUUCUCACGGGUGAGGCGUUAUUCCAGACCCACGAUAAUCUCGAGCACUUGGCAAUGAUGCAGCACGCGCUCUCGAGGACCAUUCCAAACGCCGUGGUGAAGCGAGUCCCCAAGGACAAAUUAAGAGAUUUGUUCAACCGAAACGGCGCCCUUAAUUGGCCUAACGAGAAAACGGACGCCGAGUCAUACGCGGCGCUGGGUAACACCGGUGUCGUGCGACAGCUCCUCGAGAAGCACCUCUCGGGCGAGGUGUUGAGUCUGUUCGCUGACUUGGUCGGCAAGCUCUUGGAUUUCGAUCCAAAGAGACGAAUCACGUCCAAGAGCGCCGUCAAUCACGCCUUUUUCUCGCUCGAUCUCAAAAUCGAUUGGCGAAUCAUGCGUAACGGCGAUGGAAGAGUGCUGGGCGUGAAAAAAUGA